CGGAAAAGUCAUCAACUAUAAUCAUCAGUAACCUGUAACACACACAUAUAGGUAUAUAUCACACUAAUACACGUGUACUUCUGAUACGUUUGAUAGUUCAUCCAGAUUUUUCAACUUGUAAAUAAGGUAAUUGUUGCUGAAACAAUGCCAACUGUUGGCGUCAAACGUGACUUGCUUUUCAAAGCACUUGGAAAAGUAUAUUCUGAUGAUGAAUUUCAAAAUUUAUGUUUUGCUUUUGGACUGGAGCUUGAUGACAUUACAAAUGAAAAAGAGAUGAUCAGUAAAGAACAGGGUGUUGAGGAAAGUACUGGAGCAUCUAAUGAAAUCAUUUAUAAAAUUGAUAUACCAGCCAAUAGAUAUGACUUGUUGUGUCUUGAGGGUAUUGUAAAUGGGUUACAAAUAUUCUUGGAAAAAAUACCAGCACCUAGGUACAAAGCUAUUGUACCAAAAUCUCCAAGUAAAAUGGAAAAAAUAAUUGUGACAAAUACUCCAAAAAAUAUACGUCCAUUUGUUGUUGGUGCAGUAUUACGUGGUGUUGAAUUAACACAAGAAUCUUACACAAGUUUUAUUGAUCUUCAAGACAAGUUACAUCAAAAUAUUUGUAGAAAAAGAAGUCUUGUGUCUGUUGGUACUCAUGAUUUGGAUACAAUUAAAGGACCAUUUACUUAUGAUGCUAAACCACCAAAUGAUAUUAAAUUUGUUCCUUUAAAUCAAGACAAAGAAUUUACUGGUUUAGGUGUUAUGGAACUUUAUUCAAAUCAUGCACAAUUAAAACAGUAUCUUCCAAUAAUUCGUGAUAGUCCAAUUUAUCCAGUUGUUUAUGAUAGUAAUGGAACUAUUUUAUCACUUCCACCAAUAAUAAAUUCUGAUCAUUCAAAAAUAACAUUGAAUACAAAAAAUAUAUUUAUUGAAGCAACAGCAACUGAUUUAACAAAAGCUAAAGUUGUUUUAGAUACAAUUGUAUGUGCUUUCAGUCAAUAUUGUAAAGAAAAAUAUACUGUUGAAGCUGUUGAAGUUAUUUAUGAAGAAACAAAAGAAACAUUUCAAUAUCCAGAACUAAAAUAUCGUAUUAAUGAAAUAGAUAGUAAUGAUGCUGUUAAUUAUAUUGGAAUAAAAUGUACAUCAGAUAAAGUUGCAGAAUUAUUAUCAAAAAUGUGCCUUCAAACAAAAGUACUUGAAAAUAAUAAAUUACAAGUUGAAAUACCACCAACUCGUCAUGAUGUUAUUCAUGCAUGUGAUAUUUAUGAGGAUAUUGCAAUUGCAUGGGGUUAUAAUAAUAUUGAAAAAACAAUUCCAAAAACAUCAACUGUUGGAAAAGAAUUUCCAUUAAAUAAAUUAACAGAUCAUCUUCGUAAUGAACUUGCACAAUCUGGUUUUACUGAAGCAUUAACAUUUUCAUUGUGUUCAAAAGAAGAUAUAUCAGAAAAACUUGGCUGGUCAUUUGAUUCUAUACCAGCAGUAACAAUAUCAAAUCCAAAAACAUUAGAAUUUCAAGUUGCAAGAACUUGUUUAUUAUCUGGUUUAUUAAAAACACUUGGUGCUAAUAAAAAAAUGCCAUUACCAUUAAAAUUAUUUGAAGUAUCAGAUGUUGUUAUUAAAGAUGAAAAUACUGAAUGUGGUGCUAAAAAUGAAAGAAGACUUUGUGCAGUUUAUUCAAAUAAAUCAGCUGGUUUUGAAAUAAUACAUGGUUUACUUGAUCGUGUUAUGCAACUUCUUGAAAUACCUUGGAGUUUAGAUAAAAAAAAUGGAUAUUAUCUUUUGGCUGAAGAUGAUCCAACAUAUUUUCCUCAACGUUGUGCUAAAAUUAUGUUAAAUGGAAAUGUUAUUGGAAAAAUGGGAGUUUUACAUCCAGAUGUCAUUCAUAAAUUUGAUCUUCAUUUACCAUGUUCAGCAUUGGAAAUAACAAUCGAGCCAUUUUUGUAAAAUUCAUUACACAAUAAAUUAAUUAUGCGUGUAAAAGAAAAUAAAAAAAAAUAAUUACCAAUCAUUAUCAGAAUAAAUAUUUUUAAAAUUUGCCGCUAUUUUAUAAAGUUAGCCAUUUUGUUUUUAGUGCUCUCUAUAGUUAAUUUUUAAAAUUAUCCAUGAUAGUGUGUUUUCUCUCUCUGUUUAGAUAAUAACCAACCCACUUUAGCCAAAUGCACCGAAUGGCCGAGAAGGGUAUCCGGGUGAGUCUUUCGGGUUGAAAAAUAGGAACUUGGCUCGUCGGCCAUAGUAUGUACAGAGAGUCAUGGCGGGUGUGUAUAGCAGCUUACGUGAAUGACGACCGAUUGUGAAUAAACCAAGGAAUAAUAACCCCCACCUCCCUAAAAAAGAAAAAAAAAAAAUAUUAUUAUAAAUCAGUUU